CACAUACAUUAAAAACGAGAAGGCUUGUAAAGUACGGUAAAGACGAGCUUUGCUCAGUCUCUCUUUCAGUUAGCUUUGCAGAGACAGAGUGUAGAGAGAGAGAGAGAGAGAGGGAGAGAGAGAAGGGUUUCGAAACCCCACUUUUUUUUUUUUUUGUCACCGUGAUUUCACUGAUCUUUCAUUUCUAACUCUUUCCGGAGAACUUUUGUUUUAACUGUUUUUUUAUACCCAAAAGUUUCGGUUUUUCCGGUGAGAGGUUUCGGAUUUUGUGUUUUUUCACAGUGAUAUGAGGGACCAUGGGACCAUUUUGAAACUUUGAAAUCACGGUUUUGUUCUCAAGGUUGAUUUUUUUUUGAAGUGUUUCUUCUUUAUCUUUCUUUGGAUAAUUAGAUUUUUUGAGCUGAUUUGUUAUCAUUAUUGUUAAGAAGACUGAGUAAUUGGUUAUCAUCCCGAGGUGGGAUUAAAGAAUUUGAUUUGUAAAUGAAGACAAAAUUACUAGUUUCCAAGAAUUGAGCUUCAUGUUUUUUUGUGUUAGUUGAAGUACUUAUUUGUCUUGGAAAAAAGGUAAUCUUGGUUGGUCCAUUGUGAUAUUUUUGGGGGGUUGAUUAAGCUAGGAGCUUCAUUUCAGAGGUUUCCCUUUAUGGAAAGUCUUUGCUGACUUGAUUGGAGAAGAAGGGUCAUGAUCCUGACUAAAUUCAUUGGACUAGAAAUUUUUUAAUUUUUUUGUGUCUUCAUAAUUAUAAGAUGACUCUUCAACUUUGGUGGUAAUUGUUGUAAUAUAUGGAGAAAAAAGAUGGAAACUUUUGAACCCAUUUAAUCUUGCUAUUAGCUUUUUCAAGCUCUGGCUUUUCUUAAUGAAUUAUUGAGAUUAAUGGGAUUAUUUUGUUUUUGAGAUUGAAUUGGAUUUGAUUAUAUCUUAAUUUGUUUGAUCUAUAUUGUAUUGAUGGAUUUGAUCAAUUCCUAAUAUAGUGGUUACUGCAAUAGGCAGGAACCACUUCCAAGUUCCAACUCUUGUGCUCCCCAAUUGUCUGUGGAUUCCUCUUCAUUUUCCCUUAAAACAGAACUCGUUGAUUCAUCCAAAAAUUUUGAUUUUUAAAGAUUUCUUGUGAAUUCUGAGUUCGAAUUAUGGCUUUCUCUUUUACUGGUUUCCCUUGGCGGUUGUGGGGUGGGAAUGAGAAAGAGCCUGUCUCAAAUGGGUCUUCCAUGAAUUCUUCAUUUGAGUGGGGAUUUGGUUUGUGGGAGCCUGAUACUGUAAAAUUUCCUUCAACCAAGAUAGCCUCUUCUCAAAGGAAGGUUAAGAGGAAAUGGCCUAGUAGGGAAGAGAGGAGAAUUGAGGUUAAGGGGAAAGGGCAUAGGGAAGAGAGCAUAAUUGAUAGGGAGUUUGAUGCUGAGUUGGUGCCAUCUGAUGGUGUUUGUUUGUCGGGGUCAGAAUCUGAUGACCCAGACUGGUCCAUUGGGUGGUUCGAGCCUCAUGGACCUGAUUUUGACAGUAAUGAUGGUUUAGCUGUGUUGGUUCCAAGCUAUAGACCUGGUUGCAAGAAGGUGGUGGAAGGUGCAAACAACCAGCUUUUGAGUGCUAUCAAGAACCUUGCAGAUGAGUUCUCUCCUGAGGGCACAAACGGUAUGGCACAAUGGCUUUCUUCUCCUCAGAACUUCAAUAUCUAGAAAUAGCUGAUCCUUCUUAGAGUGGCCCUAUUUGCGUUCUUCAUUCUUUGAUCGUUUGAAGAAUCUGACCUGUUCCAGUACCAAAUUUUGUUUAUAAAAAGAGAUGAAAAGAAAAAAGAAGCAAUAAUUAGAGCAGAAAAGAUCCUGUUAGGCUCUCAGCAUCUUGUGUAGAAGUGCAGAUUAAUAACCGAUUGAACUUGACCCUAAAUUAUCCAGUUAAGAGAGCGGAAUAUCAAUCUCACAUGGACUGGAAAAAAGGCUCCAACAGAUGCAUUCCAGCACACUUCAUGUUCUGUAAUUCAUCUUUCCAUUGGUUCGUUGCACCUGCAUUCACUGAGAUUCAAGGACUAGGAGAAACUUGAAGUAUAAUGGAGAUAUUUUCUUUUAUUGUAAAUAUAGGCACUGAAGAAUAUCCUAAACCUGUUGACUAUCAAGCUUUUGUGAAUAUGUGAAAUAUAUUUAUGCUUUAACUCGCUAGUACUGUAAAUAAUUCUACUCUUAGUUGAUCAAGGGCCAGCCUGUUGAUAUCUCA